AAAACAUCUCGACACGGCCGAAGAAAGUUCAGUUCCCUGUUGAAUCACUUACGAGAGGUCAUCAAAUUCUCUUCGUGAGUUUCUUCGGACUCCAGACUAGGUAAUUUCUUUCACUUUUUCUUCGAAGCCUUCUUCUUCAACAACCAACAAUGCGUGAAGUAAUCUCCAUCCAUGUUGGCCAGGCUGGCGUCCAGAUGGGCAAUGCCUGCUGGGAGUUGUACUGCCUCGAGCAUGGCAUCCAGCCUGACGGACAAAUGCCGUCCGACAAAACCAUCGGAGGUGGCGACGACUCCUUCAACACCUUCUUCAGCGAGACGGGCGCUGGCAAGCACGUUCCCCGCGCCGUCAUGGUCGACUUGGAGCCAACUGUUGUCGAUGAGGUCCGUACCGGUACCUAUCGUCAGCUCUUCCACCCCGAGCAAUUGAUUACAGGCAAGGAGGAUGCCGCCAACAACUAUGCUCGCGGUCACUACACCGUCGGAAAGGACGUUAUUGACAUUGUUCUCGAUCGCUGUCGCAAACUGGCUGACCAGUGUACCGGUCUGCAGGGUUUCCUCAUCUUCCAUUCGUUCGGUGGUGGCACCGGCUCUGGAUUUGCUUCUCUGCUUAUGGAGCGUCUCUCCGUAGACUACGGAAAGAAGAGCAAGCUGGAGUUUGCCGUUUACCCAGCCCCUCAGAUUUCCUCCGCUGUCGUUGAGCCCUAUAACAGUGUACUGACCACUCACACCACACUGGAGCAUUCUGACUGCGCCUUCAUGGUUGACAAUGAAGCCAUCUACGACAUCUGCCGUCGCAACCUGGACAUUGAGCGUCCAACCUAUACCAACCUGAACCGUCUGAUUGCCCAAGUCGUCUCUUCCAUCACCGCCUCGCUACGAUUUGAUGGUGCACUGAACGUGGACUUGACUGAGUUCCAGACCAACUUGGUGCCAUACCCACGUAUCCACUUCCCACUGGUCACAUAUGCUCCCAUCAUCAGCGCCGAGAAGGCCUACCAUGAGCAGCUGAGUGUCAGUGAGAUCACCAACUCCUGCUUUGAGCCGGCCAACCAGAUGGUGAAGUGCGACCCACGUCACGGCAAGUACAUGGCCUGUUGUCUGCUGUACCGUGGUGAUGUUGUGCCCAAGGAUGUCAAUGCAUCCAUUGCCACCAUCAAGACAAAGCGUACCAUCCAGUUUGUCGACUGGUGCCCAACUGGUUUCAAGGUCGGUAUCAACUACCAGCCGCCAACUGUUGUACCCGGUGGUGACUUGGCCAAGGUACAGCGUGCCGUCUGCAUGUUGUCCAACACCACUGCCAUUGCUGAGGCAUGGGCUCGUCUGGAUCACAAGUUUGAUCUGAUGUACGCCAAGCGUGCCUUUGUCCAUUGGUAUGUUGGUGAGGGUAUGGAGGAAGGUGAAUUCUCCGAGGCUCGUGAAGAUCUUGCUGCCCUCGAGAAGGACUACGAAGAGGUCGGUGUGGACACGGCAGAUGGCGAGGGUGAAGGCGAGGGAGAGGGAGAGGAGUACUAGAUCAUUGGUAUUGCUUACACAUGGCACACAAGCACUCGCACAUUUAUUGCUCAAGCACUCUCACACAUACCUCUUACCCUUCAUCUCAAAUCUUUUACUAAGUGCAAGCUCACUUUUCUCUACCUACUCUUGUCAGUGCGACACUGAAGUCUCUUUCAGUGAAUACUGAUCUACCAGUAUCUUUGCACUCAUCUGUUUGCACAAGAUUUAUUAGUAUUUCCGUCUGUUAUUUGAACCUAUUUUCCGAUCUUUCUUGUCUAUCUCCCUUGUCUGUAGUAUUUCCAACCCUUUUUACGGUCAUUCUUGAGCUGUUUUGUUAAAUGAAGUAAAUUCCCCGUCAGUACUUGAAUAAGGUCCUUGCCAUUGCCA